AACAUCUAAGAAGCAACGAGCUCAAAUGCCUGCAGAAGCAUCUCCAGAAAGCCUGGAUUGCCCAAAACUCUUGGUGUCGGUGUCUGUGAUUCUUCAGGAGCAGAUGGAUGAAAUUCAAGCUCAGCAAAACAGCAUCCCAGAAUUGCAAAAACUUGUCUUGGAAAGUGGUUCAGAGACUACCAAUGAUCAGUCCUCCAUCCUCAUGCAGAAGCGUUGGAACUGGUGGGUUGUGGUAGCUCUCAACGUUGCUUUUCUCUUAAUUGGUCAAUUCGCUGGUGUCCUGCUGGGAAAAUUCUACUUCACGGGAGGUGGAAGUAGUACAUGGAUGGAAGCACUUCUACAAACUGCAGGAUUUCCAGUCCUCUUCCUCUUCUUCCCACUUCGCUUCUUCCCUUUCGCUCAAAAGCUUCCCACCAAUAGCAGCAGUGGCACCAGCAGACCUUCUUCUUUUACUUUCACGUGGAUUUACUGCUCCCUUGGCGUUCUUCUUGCUGUAGACAACAUGUUGUAUUCAAUAGGGUUGAUUUACCUUCCUGUCUCAAUUUACUCUCUCAUCUGCGCAACUCAGUUGGCUUUUAAUGCAAUAUUUUCCUUCUUUAUCAACUCUGAGAGACUCACUAUCCUGACCCUGAAUUCUGUCAUCCUUCUUACCCUAUCAGCUUCACUGGUUGCAAUCAAUGGAGAUUCUGAGGAAGAAGCAGCUUCCGAAGGAAAGUAUGGAUAUGUUAUUGGCUUCUUAAGCACUGUUUGUGCUUCAGCAGCCUACUCUUUACUGCUUUCCCUUAUGCAACUGACCUUUCAGAAAGUAUUGAAGAAGGAGACAUUCUCAGUUGUCUUAGAGAUGCAAAUUUACACUUCAUUGGUUGCUACUUGUGUUUGCCUUUCGGGUCUGUUUGCAAGUGGGCAAGGGAAGGGCUUGAAGGCUGAAAUGGAGGGAUUUGAGUAUGGGAGAGUAGCUUAUAUCGUGUGCUUGGUGGGAACAGCUUUGGCUUGGCAGAUUUUCUUUGUAGGAGCCGUAGGGCUAACCUUUCUGGUGUCUUCUCUCUUCUCCAAUGCAGUCAGCAUGUUGUCUUUGCCUUUCGUUCCUGUUGUUUCUGUGCUGUUUUAUGGUGAAAAGAUGGACGGGGGAAAGGUAAUAGCUAUGUUGCUGACAAUUUGGGGUUUUGCUUCUUAUCUCUACCAGAAUUGUCUUUAUGAGAAUGAUUCCAAGCUUGAAGGGCAUGAAUGACUAUGCUGCUUUAAGCACCAUUUGAACAAUAAAUACCACAGUGCUUGAAGUGACUAGGAUGACAAUUUUUCCCAACCCUCCAGAGGGCCAAGUAUGGGAGCAUUCCUUUCUGAUGAAAUUUUAUGAAGAAAUUUUUUGGGCAGUG